CUUUGAUAUCAAAAUCGAAAAUGUUCUUUCUGUGUAAACGUAAUAUCUUUGCUUAUUUUCACAGGAACAAGUAAAUUAUUGUGGAAUAAACAACCAUAAAAGAAACGAAAAAGAUUUUUCAAUCACAGACAGUGCGGCUGGGUAGUCAACAAUAAGACGACCAAACUGGAUCCGAGCACUACCGAGAAUGUCGCAGGUUUGGAGGUUACGUCAAAAAUGCCGGCACCGGUGGCAGAAAAUUGGUGUUACACACACGUGAAAGUGAUCAAGUUCUCUUACAUGUGGACGAUCAACAAUUUUAGUUAUUGUCGUGAAGAGAUGGGUGAAACACUUAAAAGUUCCACUUUUUCUGCUGGUGCCAACGACAAGUUAAAAUGGUGUUUGCGAAUAAACCCAAAGGGUUUGGAUGAAGAAAGUAAAGAUUAUUUGUCGUUAUAUUUGUUGUUGUUAGCUUGUAAUAAAAGUGAAGUUCGUGCCAAGUUUAAGUUUUCUAUAUUAAACGCCAAACGAGAAGAAACUAAAGCUAUGGAAAGUCAAAGAGCUUAUAGGUUUGUUCAAGGGAAGGACUGGGGAUUUAAAAAAUUUAUACGUAGAGAUUUUCUAAUGGAUGAAGCAAAUGGACUGUUACCAGAAGAUAAGUUAACGAUGUUUUGCGAGGUGAGUGUAGUAGCGGAUUCCGUGAAUGUAUCUGGACAAUCUCUGAUGUCGAGUUUAAAAGUACCGGAAUCGCAACUAGCAGAAAACAUGACAAAUUUAUUAGACACUGGACAAUUCUCAGACAUGGCGUUAAAAAUCGGAGACACUAAAAUACCUGUACAUAAAGCGAUAUUAGCCGCGCGCUCGCCUGUCUUCUCCGCCAUGUUUCAACACGAUCUGGAAGAAAACAAACAAGGCUUUGUCACGAUAACUGAUCUCGAACUAGACGUUUUAAACGAGAUGCUGAAAUUUAUAUAUACUGGCAAAGUAACGCAGUUAGGAACAAUGGCUGACACGUUGCUGGCUGCUGCAGAUAAGUAUGCUUUGGAGCGCCUAAAAGUGAUGUGCGAGGAAGCGUUAGCGUCAAACUUGAACAUCGAUAAUGUUUGUGACGUGCUUAUACUUGCUGAUCUUCACAACGCACAGCAACUUAAAUCUGUUGCCAUAGAUUUCACAAACAGUCAUGCACAAGAAGUGAUGGACCAUUCUUCAUGGCAGAGACUUAUAAAAAACCAUGCUAAUAUAGUAGCUGAAGCAUUUCGUGCGUUGGCUAGUGUACAAAGUUUUUCAUGUUCACCGCCUCGGAAGCGUCAAAAAACUGCGCGAAUAGAACCCUGUGUUUAAAUAUAUUUUAUUAUAUGUACUUCUUUUACCUAAUCUGUGCCAGAUUACAUUUGCCACAAAAUAUUGCAGCCAAUCAGGAAUAUGCGGCGUAAUUCUUGAAGGUAGUAUUGCAAGGAUUUGGUUCCCAAUGGGUUUCCUAUUGGGAGUAAAUUUUCGCGAAACGAACCAGAAAAGUCACGAUUUUCUGAAUUGUGAGUUGUUAGUGAAAUAUGCUAAAACGAAAUGUAUAAGGCGGGUUUCCACCCAAACAAAAAAAUAGUUAAUCGAUCGACCAAAAAAAAUACAAUCUUACUUUAGAAAUGUAAACAUAGUAAAAUUUUCUCACUGUCUAUCCUUUCAGUAUGAAUAUGAACAAUGUAUAAGGCAACCAACUGCCGCUACCCUUGUUUAUACUGUUACUCAUGUUUAUAGUGGAUAGAAGGUGGUGAAAUAGGUAUCGCCUUCUGGUUUCACUAUAUAAUCUUUUUAUAUAUUACCUUAAGACAUCGCAUAUCGCGGAUUAUAGGAAUCAUCACUCCCUUCUAACAAGGCUUCUUCAAAAAAACUUUUAAUUGAAAAGUUUCCCGGUACAAUUCAAAUAAAUUUGAUAGUAGCAAAAAAAGCAAUUCGUGGAUAUUUGGGAAACCGAUAUCGUAGCAGAGUUUAGUUUGUUUUUUAUAAAAGUUAUGACUGUGUCAGGAGGUGUCUUCAGUUAGCUUUUCUUGUUUGAGUUGGCUCUUUGAUAAAUCUGUUUCUUCUUUUUUUUUGAGAAGGGUUGUUACUUUUUGUUUUCUAUGGCGUUUAGCAACGGGGGGAACCCAAGAGAUCAAAAUAUACUAAAUAUGAGAACUCAAGUGAAGUAGCUAAAUUAAAACACCCAAAUAUUAAGGAGUGUUUAAAUUUGACAGAUUUACCACCCCAAUUAAGGAUUUGUCGUACGCUUUAAGAUGAGGGGGUUGUCCAUGCUACUAUGCGGAAAAAGAACGAAGAGCGAAAGUUAUUUCCAGUUUUUUUUUUUGAUGUGAUACUGUGAUGUGGCGCAGAAUUAAUGAUUACCUUAUUAACAUGAUCGAAAAAAGCACAGAAUCAGUCUCGAAGACUUCUUUAAAGUACAAAAUUUCAAACCUUUUUCUUUAAAUCCCCAAACUGAUGUGAAAGCCCUAGACUAACUUAAUAUUGCAUAAGAGACUAAAAAUCAAUUUAUUAUGCAGGCGUGACAUACAGAUGUUUGUUUUUAGCGACAUUCUGAAAAAGUUGUAUUUGUACAUAAUAAAGAUGUUUGUACAAGAGAUGUUAUACAGACCAA